GUGACUUAAAUGUUUUGCGGAAUGAAGAGAGCGUUAGAUUGCGGAAUGAGAACUUGUGGUACAAUGAGCAGCAGAGUUGUGACUACCACCGCCCCCGUGGUUCGAGUCACCCACUCCCCCUACUCUCGUCAGCUACGCCUCUCCAUUCUGCCUUCAACAACACAACCUCAUCCAUUUCACCGACGGUUCUUCUCGCCCUACAAUUACCGUCCGGUAACUGUAAAGGCUGGUUUAGAUGUUAUUGGAGAUGGUGGCUCAAUGUUUCAGGAUGCUGGUGCUACUGCUUUGGUUAUCGCUGGAGCUUACGCUCUUGUCUCCACUUUCGAUUACUUAUCCGAGCAGAAACUCAUUGAACAGAAAUUAAGCAGAAAGCUGGUCCACAUAUUGUCUGGUCUGCUUUUUAUGGCUUCCUGGCCAAUUUUCAGCGCAUCAAGUUGGGCUCGGUACUUUGCUUCUGUAGUUCCACUUACAAACUGCUUGAGACUUGUGAUUCAUGGCCUUUCUUUGGCUACUGAUGAGGGGCUUAUAAAAUCUGUUACUCGGGAAGGAAAGCCAGAAGAAUUGCUUAGAGGGCCUCUAUAUUAUGUUCUAGUGUUAAUUUUGAGUGCAGUUCUCUUUUGGCGUGAGUCACCAGUUGGAAUAAUUUCGGUAGCGAUGAUGUGUGGUGGCGAUGGAAUUGCUGAUAUUGUUGGAAGAAGGUUUGGGUCCACAAAACUCCCUUAUAAUAAACAGAAAAGUUGGGCUGGUAGCCUCUCCAUGUUUGCUCUUGGUUCCCUGGUAUCCGUUGGGAUGCUCUAUUACUUCUCAGUCUUGGGAUAUUUUCACUUGGAUUGGGUUUCGACUGUAGAAAGAGUAGCUGUGGUGUCACUUAUAGCAACUAUUGUGGAGUCUCUCCCUAUUACUGGAACGGUGGACGAUAAUAUUUCUGUUCCUUUGGUAAGCAUGGUUGUAGCAUCAUUGGCUUAUGGUUAUUAGCUUAGAGUGUUCUCAUCUUCCUGGCACUAUGCUGUCAUGUCAUCCUUUUGUUGAUAAAACUGCCAUUGUAUGGUGAUGAUUCCUGCUAUAUCUUCUUGUGGUGCUCUUAUGUGUAUUCUCAAGUGGUUCUUUGAUGCCCAAACAUGUCAACUGGUGAAGAUAGCACAGCCUCAUUUUGGAUAUUCGGAAGUCACAACUCGUCGUGUCUCCAUGUGAACCCCCUCCCCCUCUUUUUCCCUCAUUGAUACUGGGCAGUGGUCAUUUAAUGGAUCAAUCAACUACCACUCUGUCAUCUAUGAAUGGUUGGCAUAGAAGUUCUUAUUUGUA